GGGUCAAAAAAUCAUAAAAUCUAAAAGAGUUGAUAAGUGAUUGGAAUUGGAAACUUUAUUAGUACAAAACAAUUAGUGUAUGUAUAUACAUAAUACAUAUAUAUGCAGAGUAAUUUUUUAAGCUGCUUGUCCCCGUUUUUAUUGUAAGGACCUGAGACUUGUAGUAUAAACACAAUAAACUUUAUAGUGGUCCGUGAGGUCAAAAAGGUUAGUGGCCGCUGACUGAAAUCAUGUACUAAUUAUCUCUGUAUUCUAUGCCCACCAUUUAAAAAGAAAUAAUAAAUAAAAGAUUUUAAAUCUUGGAGUAUAGUGCUAUGACCAGUGAUGAAUUUGAAAAUCGAAAGUGAUUGUAAAUAAUGAUUAUAAAAGAAUGCUUCAAAUUCCUGUAGUUACUCAACUUUGAAAUUGCAUCUCUCUUCUUAUUUCGCUUCGUAGAACGUCUAUUGAAAGAUCCGUUAUAAUUUAUAAAUUUAUUUUAUUUAGUCUGAUGGAUGGAAAAAUAAAUCAGGAAAUGCAAAACAUUGAAAUUAGACAACAGAUGGAAUUAAUCAGUCAUCAUGUUACACAUACAAAUGAAAUUCGCACAGCAAUUCAAACAGACAUUGAUUCUUUUAAUAUUUUGUAUUCGGAAUGGGCCAAAUGUACUCGUAAGUUUUAAAAUGAAAACUAAAAUUAUUAAAUUAUUUAUUAUUUAGCAUUAACUUGGAUUAUCUUAUAUUGUAGAACAUCUAGAACACAUAAGAAACCAAAGGAUGAGUAUUCCUCAAGGUCCUGAAAUUGAACAUAAAUUGAAACAAGAAAAAGAAUUGUAUGAAGAGCAGUUAAAGACUCAAUCAUCAAGUCUCAAUAAUGCUAUUUGUGUUUAUGUUAAUAAACUAAAUGAAUCAUUAAGUUUGCUUAGUCCUGUACAAGCUAUUAUUGAUAAUGCAUUAAAUCAAUGGAAACGAGAACAACAGUUAGCUGCUAAUGGAUAUAAAUUCAUGAAUGAUAUUGAUGUCAUACAAACUUGGUACAUAUGAAAAUUUAUAAAAAGUUGAGUUGAUUGAAUUUUAUAUUUUAUUUUUACUAGGUGUGAAAAUUUAUGUGAUUUAAUUUGGAUAACUCGUUCUCAAAUUAAAGAAGCUGAUCGCUUCAGAGUGCAUUUAGGUUGUUACUUUGAAUUGCCACAGUCUUGCGAAAUUAUUAAUACACUUCUUGAUAUGACUGCACAGUAUCUUUCAUUAUUAGUAACAAGGUACUCUUUUAUAUAUAUAUAUUAGUUUCUUAUGUAAGUUAGAUUUUAUAUAAAGUAUAUUAUAUAUUUUAUUUAUGUAUUUAUAUGAUUAUAUGUGUAUAAUAUAUUUAUUUUCCCAACUAUUAAGCAUUUUAAUGUAUUAUUAUACUUUAAUAUUUAGUACUUUUGUGAUUAUAACUCAACCACCUCAAGUAUUGAAAACAAAUACAAGAUUUGUAGCUGAAGUGCGUCUAUUAAUUGGAGGGAAACUCAAUAUUCACAUGACAUCACCUAUGGUAAAAACAAAAAUCAAUUUCUUUUAAUUAAUUCAAAUUUUUUAAAAAAUAAAGAAUAUUUUGUGUCUGUCGUUGAGGAUAGAAGUUUUUCGAUAGUAUACUAAUUUAAUUUAAAUUCUGAGAGCACCAAUCAACUAUUGCAAGUAAUAAAUAAUUCUUUAGUAGAACUCUGUUAAAAAUUUAUUCUUAAUAACAUAUUAUUAACAACAAAAUAACUAAAAUCAAUGAAGUAUCAUGAGUUUAAAUAGCUAAUUUUACUAAAGUUUGGGUAUAACAUUUAAAAUAUUGUGAAGGUAUAAGUAGCCAAAAAUUUGUUCUUGAUAUAACUGUUGUAAUGUAAUUUAUGAUUAUUGUAAUACAGUAGUAUUUUUUACUCAAACAGUUUAGUAUUAACUUAGCUCUUUUUCACAUGUUGGUACUGCAUAUUUUGAUAAUAUUUGAAUUAGUAUAGUAUAUUUCACUAAAUUAAACAAAAAUGGUAUUUAAUUCAUCUUUGAAAUGAGUAAACAAAAUAUAUGAAUUUCCUAUAUGCAAAGUAGAUUUAUAUUUGAAAUUAUAAACUGUCAAGAUUAUUAUUUUUAUCAUCACGCAGAUUAUGAAAUGUAACAAUUCUAUGAAGUUGGUAACAUGUUCAUUUUUUUUGAGUACAUAUUUUUCCAAUUUUUUACUGGAAUAACGCAUAGACAAUUUUAGAUUCUGAGUGGAAUGAAAAAGCUUAUGGUUUUACAGUGGUGUUUAUUUUUAUUUUUGUUUAUCUGUGAACAAAUUUUCUAUGAGAAAUAUUGCUCCAAUUUAAAAAAGUAGCACUUAUUUUGACUGGAGUGGUACUUUAGAGAGGAUAUUUUUUGAUUUAAAAGUUUUCUCAAUAUAAUGGGAAAAUACAUACAAUAUAAAACAAAUAGAAAAUAUUUAAUAUGUAUGUAAUUAUUUUACCAUAAUAUGACAUGUAUAUUGUUGACAAAGUAACACUAUAAAAUGAACUCUGCUUAGAAUCUAUUUUUGUUAGUAAUAGUUAACUAUUGCUUACAAAUAUACAUUAAAUUUCCAUCUAUAUCCUAUCUUCUCAUCUUACAUCUAUAACAGUGGCUCACCCUUUGUGUGUAAAGUUGCAGUACUUUUUAAGCACAUAUUUUAAUAGCAUAUUAUCCUUAGAGCACGGAAAGAGUCAGUUAUUAUGACUUAUGAGUUAUUAAUUUCAUAUAGAUUACUGUGUAAAAUUUAUUGCACAGAAAUGGAAAAAUAGGGAGGUCCAUCAAAAUAUUAUUAACACAUUAUAUUAAUAAUUAGCUGUUUUUUUAAUCACAGCUAUAGGCUAUAGGUAAUAAAAUAAUUUAUUAUUUAUACACGUGAUGUUAAUUAUUUCUUGGAUAUUUUUAUUAGCAUUACCAAAAAGUAAUAAUAAUGAUACAAGGCAAUUUAUGUUUAUAAUAUGAUGUGGAUGUCCAAGCAGUAGUCAUAGAUUGGUUUGCAAGAAAAAAAAGUUAACUUUUGUAGGUGAGAAGUUGGGAAGGUAGAGGGGAAAUUGAAUGUAUAUUUAUACGCAAAAAUUAACUAUUGCUAGCAAAAAACGAGUCUGAGCAAUGUUUUAAUAGUGUUGCAUUGUCAACAUUAUUUAAUUUAUAUCGCAUUAUGGUAAAAUAAAUUACUUGAGCAUUUAAAUUUUUCUUUAAUUAUUUUUGUUUAAUAUUGUACUUUUUUCCAGGUUUUUCCCAUUUAUUAAUAGAUAGCUUGAGAAAAUCAAAAAAUGGUCUCUUUAAAGUACCACCCAAGAUAUCGCUGUAAUUUGUAGUAAAAUUGCUGGUAGAUUAGAUUUGUUCUCAGGAAAAAAAAAAGUUACUUUAAAACAUAUUUUUUUAUUAAUACCUACAUUUAGUACAUUUUAUAAUCAAAAAUCAAUCUCUCUAAAAUACCACCCUAAUUAGAUUUUCUGUCAGUAAAAGUGCUGUAAUUAUAAAUUGAAGCAAAAUUACUAGUACAAAAGUUAUUCACAUCAUUAUAAAAUCAAUACAUUUCUUGCUCUGCUCAAAAUCUAAAAUUAUAAUUGUUGCAUUAUUGAUAUGAUAAAACCCCAUUCUAUAUUUUGUAAUGUAUUCCAAUUUAUAAACCGCUCUCCCCCUUUGGACUAAGCCUCAGAUACGUCACUGAGUAGUGUUUUUUCAACCCCAUAAUAUGGGUGAAAAAAUAUAUCAUUCACGAAUCAUAAGAGAGCUGCUUGUUUCUUAAGUUUUUUAAAAAAAAAAAUUCAGAAAAAAAGUUGGUAAUUUCCAAAAUAAUGAGUGUCAUAUGCUAUGUUGAUCACUUUGUUUAUGUAUGUAUGUUUGUAUCUAUGGGUUUGUGUAUAUAUGAUUAAAUUUACUAGGUUAAAGUAUCCAUAGUCAGUGAAACCCAAGUUAAUCAAAUAAUUGGAAGAAAAAAACCAGAUGGUGAAUCUUGUGGUGAAAUAUUGAACUGCACUGGAAAAAUGGAAUAUCAGCCAACGCAAAGACAUUUUUCAACCAAUUUCCGGUAAGUUUGAACUGUUUCUAUAUAAGAAUUAUAUCUUAAAAAAUAAUUUGUAUGAAUGUAUUAUAGAAGUAUGCAAUUAAAAAAAAUUAAACGCACUGAAAAAAAAGGAACAGAAUCUGUUAUGGAUGAAAAAUUUUCAAUUUUGUUUUCUUCUACAUUUUUUAUUGGCAAUGAGUUUCAGUUUGAGGUAAGUUAUGUAUUGAAUUAAAUAAACGGCAUCCAAUAGUAUUGUUGGAAAAUGGUACUUUAAGUAUACAAUCUUUAGAUUCUUUACCUAACAUUGUUUUGACAAUAGCUAAACAGACUGGCCCUAUUAAAUUUUUGUCAAUAAUGUGCGGGAUCAUAUUUUUAAUAAUCAGUUCUGCACCUUUAAAUAAUGCUUCAAGAGAUAUGGUCAUUAUUUUUAUCAUACUAGAUGCAGUUUUUUUGUUUAAAUUAAGAGACUUUCAAAAUAUAAACGUGUUUUUAAUUCCUCACCCAGAUGUUUUAUUGUUAAAUGCCUUUUAAAUUUAAAUUAAGAUCAUUUUUUAUAAGGCAUCGAUUGUAUUUUUCAUGGUUUUUAUACUCUUUAUUUGGUGAUUGGUACAACUGAAUAGUUUCUUUUGACAUAUUUGAUUGAUUAAUAAUAACUCUUUGAAUAGUUAAACUAUAUAUUAUAUUAUAUUAACUAUUAUAUUAACUAUAUAUUAUACUAUAUAUUAUUACUCUUGACUGAGGUUCUAUUUAAACGUUCCUUCACUAUCUUAUUGCAUCCAGUCUGUGAUAUUUAUAUUGUCUAUUAUUCUAUAGGUAAUAUAGUAUAUACUUUUAAACAAUAUUUGUAUAAAAAUUAGUUCUAAUAAUUUUAACUAAAAUAUUGCUCUUUAGUAACAAUAUUUAAUAUUUUAGGUGUGGAAUUUAUCAUUACCAGUAGUAGUAAUUGUGCAUGGAAAUCAAGAUCCUCAUGCCUGGGCUACUGUCACUUGGGAUAAUGCUUUUGCUGAACCUCAACGAGUUCCAUUCAGUGUUCCUGAUAAAGUUCCAUGGAGAAAUAUUGCAGAAGCAUUAAACGUGAAGUUUUCAGCUGCUACAGGUCGUGGUCUCUCAGAAGAGAGCUUAACAUUUUUAGCUGAAAAGGCCUUAAGGUUAGUUUAUAAAUUAAGUAAGAAAAAAAAUUAACUUUUAAGUAACUUCUAUAUUUUUUAUUCUUAGAAUGCAAAACAUGGAUUGUAAUCAAAUGGUUUUGUCAUGGUCACAGUUUUGUAAAGAACCAUUGCCACAAAGAACUUUUACAUUUUGGGAAUGGUUUUAUGCAGUGAUGAAAAUAACUAGAGAACAUCUAAGAGGACCGUGGACUGAUGGGUAAUCUUUAUUUUUUUAAAAGAGAUGUGUUUAUUACCAAACAUUUCUCUUCUUGGCAAUUAUUUUAGUAACAUCAUUACAUACAUCAAUCUUAACUGUUGGAUUUUUAAACUUUUGUAGAGCAAUUUUGGGAUUUAUUAGAAAGUCUGAAGCUGAAGAGAUGUUGACAAGAUAUGCAACUGGCACAUUUUUAUUAAGAUUUUCAGAUUCAGAACUAGGUGGCCUAACUGUUGCCUGUGCUGGAUGUAAGUUGUAUUUUAGAUAAAUGGGUUUUAAUAAUAAUUUAGUUCUAUUUAUUUUUACCAGCUAAUGAGGUUGGUGUAUAUAGUUUGCAUCCAUUCUCAGCCAAAGAUUUAUCAAUUCGGAACUUGGCUGAUAGAUUAUUAGAUUUACCAUAUCUAACAAUGUUGUAUCCUGGAAUUGACAAAAACCAAGCUUUUGGAAAAUACUACACGGAACCUCAGAGUAUUUAUAUAAUUUUUUUCUUUAAUAUUAGUUUUAUUUGUUUCAUGUACAUAUUAUGUAAUAUUUUUGUACUACACUAGCGUGCAACUAAAUCGGUUCACUUACAAUAAGGCAUAAUUUUUUUAAAUGGUGAAACCAAUUAUCAUAAAACAAUUUUUUUUUUUUGAAAGCCUAAUGAUUUUAUUUUACAAUGACACCAUUAUCAUUAAAAUGUCUAGUAUUUUCAAUUUAUUUUGUGAAAAUUGGUUAAGCCAUUUUAUAAAAAAAAUAAACCUUUUUGUUGGUGAGUCUAUUUAGUUACAAGGGAGUGUAUAAACUUGUAUUCAUUGUAAUAAAUAUUUAAUAUUAUUUAUUAAUUGAUUUCAUAAUUUAGAUAUUAUCACUCCUGUGACAAGAAAUGGAUACCUUAAGCCAUUAUUAAUAACCCAUGUACCUGGAUGGGGAACUGAUCGGCAAGAAUUGAACAUUGAUUUAAGGUUCUCAAGGCCAAAUAUUUGACCAUGAAACCAGGGUUUAUAGGUAUUACAUUUCAUAUUGUAAAUACAAUAUUCAAAAAUUAUUUAUUAGAUUUUAUGGUGAAUAUAUUUAAUUAAAAACAAAAUAAUAAUAACAGUUUAACAGUCAUUAACAUUACAAUAAUAAUAACCUAUUAUAUAAUAAUUAAAAUUAACUGCAUUAAGCAUCUAAGCUUGACAAUAAUUUUGGUACUUGCAGUAGAUUUAUUUUAACUCAUUGUUACUUUUACUUGCACGGGGUAUUUGUUUUCUAAGUUUGGUUUCUUUUAUUUAUUAUAUAAGUAAAUUAAUUAUGAAAAGCUUAGUUGUAUAUAAUUUGUUUCUAACUUUUAUUUAGAGAAUUUUUAUAAAACAAAAUUGUAAUUACAUGACUAUAUUAAUUAUAAGAUAACAAAAUUACUAUAAAAAGUUCCAAAAAAAAAAAAUUGUAUAACACCUAUAUAGAUAUUUUUAAGUUAUAUUUAGCUUAUUGAACAUAGCAAUCGGGACACACUUCAAUGAAAUGGUCAAAGCAUAUUAAUUUAACACACGGAUAUCAAAAUAUUGUUUUAUCAUUGUUAUUUUUAUUUUUAUUUUUGAUUUGUUAUGCAACCAGCUAAAAUUGUACUACAAGUUUGUGCAUGUUCUUGUAUUAGUUCUUUACCUAAUGAUUUUAGAAAUUUGAGCAGAGUUAUUUUAUUCUUUGUGUUUUCUUGAUUAUUACUUAUAUAACAUUAUUAUGCAUUAUAAGUGUGUUUAUUCAGUCAAUUAAUGCAUAAAACAUAGUCAAUGGUUAACAUAAAUUUAUUUUUACAACACUUAAGUUCUCUGACAUGUAGUUCAUGGUGUCCACACCUCUUUUGUACAACAAAGGUUCUAUACAGUCUUUCGAAUUUGUCCUUUUUAAAUUUUAAAAUUUGAAUUUAUAAAAUAAAAUAUUUGAUACUACCUAUUGUA